AUGAUCAAAUGCAAUGCAAACAGUUCUCACGGAUCUGCGGGUGUUGAUGUCGACGAUUGCGAUGAUGAGUCUAGGAUACUGUCCUUGUUUCUACACAGAUGUGAGGUGGACAAGAAAAAAAGUAACCGUAGCAGUGCCAGCAACGAGCAGCUCCGCUCUGACUUGGUCAAAAUGUAUUUAGAAGAUGGGGAUGCAAAAACGACUGACUUCAGCCGCGCUCGUUCUGCUAGUGUGGACGAGCCAGACACAUCUCGUGCAUCGACGGCAACAUCCUUCCGGAGUGACACAACUCAUGAUGAACCAAUAGUGACGGUGAAUGCUGGCAAGGACUCGAUCCACUCUUCUACAGCGAAAUGUACAGAGAGUGCCGAAUGGAAGUUAGUGGAUGAUGAGAAAUACAAACAGGGUAUUGUGCAUACGCAUACUCGUGAGGAUUAUAUAAACGAGCCCGAUGGGACGGUUGACGAAAACAAAAAGUUAGUAAGACAUGUCGAGGGACAGGAUAGAACAUACGAAGAAAGUGCAAUCGCGAGAGAGUGUAUGUCUUCCGUAGCAGAGUGUGACAGGGCGCCUCAGAAAUCUCGAGCACAGGAAGCAAGGGGGCAGGAUUCGAAUCCAGAGUUGUAUCGGGAUAAUAGCAGUAAAAUAUGCCGCCCACACGAAGGAGAAACUUUCGAACAAUCAAGGAAUGGCAACCCCACACAAAGGAGUACUCAAGGCGAUGACAUAGUUUCGAUCUCACAACAAGGACCACGCGAUGAAGGACUUGAUGAUAUUAACAAUGUGACGACAGCCGCCCCCUCUCCGUAUCAGGUGCACCAAGCACAGCCCGAGGAAGAAUUAAAACGUCAGUCUCUGUGUCUCCCACCGAUAUACUCACAACCACAGACGAAGCAUGUCAAUGUGCACACUAGUACUAUUGCCAAGUUACAGACCAUAGUAGUCGACGUGGAGAGUGCGGUGGGCCGCAUACAUCAUUCCGAUAUGCCGCAAAUGCCUGAAUCCACGUCUAUAGGUGAUUGGGAGCAUAGAGUGCCCGUUAAGGACAGAUCUACCAGCGUGGCUAGCGAGAUUCCUCACCUAUUCAAGAGUCUUUCUGCCGAGCGCAUAAAUAACCACGGCAGCAGAGAGAAAAUGCCAGUCUCACACUCACACUCACAUACGCCCACGGUUUCACGCGCACCCCAUUUCGUGGUCAUUAAGCCACAACUUUCGCACUGUGAAGAUACUAGAGCCCCCUCACUCAUUAUACCGGGCCCAAACUUUUCUGUCCGCAUCUCAACCCCGGGUAUGAUCUGCGGUGGGAUCGGCGUCGGUGGCUACCAGGCACACUACAACACCCUCAAUGACAAUCAUGUCAGCAGGAGUGCCAAUCCAUUCGUGCGUGGAACGGGUGAGCGUGUAAUGUCGGAUGUAUGUGUGCCUACGUCCGAUGCGAGCGAAAAUGGAGCGUCCGAGGACAGACCGUUGGAUAUCUCCAUGGUCAUGGGUAUCAACCGCAACAACUUUCUCAGCAAUCCGUUGCCACCCAACGUGGGAGAAAAUGGGAAGCGAAAACGGCGAAAGGUGGAAGAUCUGGAGAAGCGGUACCCGUGCACACAACCAGACUGCGAUCGAAGGUAUGCGUCAGUCCAAGCCAGGUAUCUACAUAUCCGGCUUAAACAUCGGUGGGGCGAGACUGUCGACGAAUAACCAUAUAAAUUCGCAACGGGAGAGGCCGGCGUAAACGAUCUGAUGAGGUCUGCAGCCUAGAUUGGGGAACCGCCUGCUGUGAUCCUGUGUACUUGCCAUACAUGUCACGCGUUGGGUUAUACAGCCUAGAUAGUCGAAAAUUCAGGUAUAGUAGAACAUAUAUCACGUCCUUACCUCUCUGGUGGUCAAUCUUCGCCACUUGCUUGUGAAUCAAUUAAUCAGAAAACGGCCGCGAUGUGUCAAAUUCGACACUACUAAGUACGUCAAAAUCGCGAUUAGAUUAGAGAUAUAGUGGAGCAUCGAUAUUAAUAGUAUAGGGACGGGAUAUAAUACGAGAAUCUAGAGGAAAUAAAAGAGUGGCGAGUAAGGCCUCCAACCGAAUAUAUAUAGAAAAAGAGCUGAGCAAGUGGUAAAUAAAAUAAUUUAC